AUGGGUAAAAAACCAUUCAUCGAUCGUAAGAAUGCAAGGCAUUUUCAUUUAGUUCAUAGAUCACAAAAAGAUCCUUUAAUAAGCGAUCAUGAAGCUUCUUCAAGAGUAUUAGUUGAAGUUGUUCCAACUAACUUGAGGGGAAAAAACAAACAAAUUGAAUAUAAUGAUAUUGAUGAUAUUGAUGAUCAACAAAGAAAAGAUGAAAUUGAAAGUCGUGUUGGAAAAGCAGCAUUGUACGGAAUACAUUUUGAUGAUACAGAAUAUAAUUAUCUCCAACAUUUAAAACCAAUUGGUGAAAAUGAAGGUGGUGCAAUAUUUAUUGAAGCUCCAAAAAGAGAAAAGAGAGAAAAGAAGAAAGGUGGAAAUAUUGAAUUAAAAAAGGGUGAUGAUGAAUUAGAAGAUAAUAAAGAUGCAUCGUCAACUUCUAAGAAAGACCGAAAAGUUAGGAUAUUACUUCCAGAAGAAGUAUUACCAUCAAAGGAAGAAUUGCCUGUGGGGCUGUUAAAUCAAUCAGCAAUCCCUGAAGAUAUACAGGGAUUUCUGCCUGAUAUGGAUCCAAGACUUCGAGAAACGUUAGAAGCGCUUGAAGAUGAUGAAUAUGUGGAAAAUGAUUUGGAUGAUGAAUUCUUUUCAGCAUUAAAUGCCGAAAACAACGAAUUUUAUGAAGAACAAGAGGAGGAUUUCGAACCUGAAGAAGAAAUUGAAAAUUGGGAAUCGGAAACUACUGGUGGUUAUUCAAUGACGAGUUCUAUUAUGUUUAGAAAUGAUAAACUUCGAUUAUUAGAUGAACAAUUCGAAAAGAUUGAAAAGGAAUAUACUGAGGUUGAAGAAGAUAUAGAAUCCGAUGAUAAAUCAACGUCUUCCUCACAAAUACGUCAAGAUUUCUCGCAAAUUCUUGAUGAAUUUCUUGAUAAGUAUGAAAUUAGUGGUUGUAAAAUUGUACAAAAAUUGGAAGGUGAUAAUGUACAAGAUCAAUUAGAAACCGUAAGAAGAAGUUUAGGAAAAAUUAAUUUAAAUGAUGGAGUCAGUCAAGAUAAUAUAAUAAAUGAAAAAGAUGGCUCGGUUGAAAGCAUAAAAAAAGAAGCCUGGGAUUGUCAAUCUAUUUUGAGUACAUAUUCGAAUUUCGAAAAUCAUCCUAUUCUAAUUAGAGAAAUACCUCAUCAAAAGAUUAAUAUCAGUCAAAAGUCUGGUUUACCUGUAUUGGAGUCGUCCGUUGAAAAUAAAGAGAAGGAUAAUGAUGAAGAGGGAAUAAAGAUCAAGAUGGACGAAAAGGAUCAAAUAAAAGUGAAUAUCGGUGCAGCUAGAUCAAAAAAUGAAUCUAAAGAAGAAAAGAAAUUACGUAAGCAGAUUAAUAAGGAUGAAAAGAAGAAUCGUCGAGUUGAGAAGAAGUCGCUUAAAAGAGCUUUUGCUAAAGAACGCACGAAACAAAACAAAAUUUCACAUGAUCUAUCACAAAAUCAUUCUGGCGCUAUCCAUUUGGAUUAA